CCUAUUCGUCGUUACAUAGCGUCGUUCUCUCGCGGGCUCGAAGCAAAAUUCAAACUGAACUCUGAAGAAUUCGGCACCGUGGUCUGUUCAUCUUCUUGAGCGUCUUUGUUCUCCGAGAGCCUAGUACCCAAGCCUUUUCUCUGCUGCAUUGGAUUAAACAAGGUAAUGGCCAAAUAUAUCACCCCUGGGAAGCUGAUGAUUAAAGAUGAAAAUUUGGUUCUUCAAUCCAAACCCAAGAAAGCUGCCUUGAGUGGGAAGACAAAGAAUUCUAAAGCGGAUGGAAAGAAAGUUGGCUUAGUGCCUACUGGUCGAAAAGCUCUCAACGACAUUACAAACAAAAACGCAUCUGUUUUUGUCGAAGCCUCAUCAAGGAAAAAGAAUGCACCCAAGGAAGAACAAGAAAUCAAUGUGAAGGAGGAAACGUUCUUGCAUGACCAUAAGAAGUGCAUUGAAGCCCAAAAAGCAGCAAUGAACGCUUUGAAUCUAGACAUGGUUCUUCCACAAGAUGAUUCCAUAACUUCUCUUGAUCAGAUUAAGGUCCCUCAAUCCCCUCGUUGCUACCCAGAACCAGAGGAAUUGCCAAUGUCCAAGUUUUCUUAUUGGUUGGACUCUUCAGCACAGAGGAGCUGUCCUCCAUCUCCUCCUCCAUUACUAUGGGACUCUGCACCAUCUUCUCCUAUUUCAUGGGAUGAUGAAGCGUUUGAGUUUGUUCUGAAGGAAGAAGUUGAUGCUUAAUAGCCUGUAUGAAGUGGUGUUCUGGCUCUCCGAGAAUACAGUUUGACCGGAGCAACCAAUUAACGCCACUUCAAACACAGCCUAAGUUUGACUUAAUGUUUGUUUCGUACUCAUGUUUUCAAGACAAUCAUCGAAGAAACCUGAUAGCUUUUAGCUGUGGAACUCGUGUGUUUACAGUUUGCACUGAUGACUGUUCAUAUUUCAUAGGUCUGGGAAUUGUAUGUUAGGCUCCCUUUCCUGAAGCUCCUUGCUUGUUAGAAGAAAUCAAAUUACAAGGAUUGGAUUAUAUUUAGAUAAACUUUGUUAGGUGUUGACCGAGAAACUGUCUAAUAACAUAAAAAUAUGAUGAGACCUUCCGUUUUC